AUGUCUCGCGAACUCAUCUCCAGCGAAAAGUUCCCUCCCAAGCCUCACAACUGCCCUGCUACUAAGGUUCCUGGCCUUGUCUUCCUUGCAGGCCAGACGGCUACCGGAGAGAUCAAGCAGGCUACUAGAACCGUCCUGCAGAACCUCAAGGAAGUUCUUGAGCUCUCGGGAUCUUCUCUCGAGCAGGUCGUCAAGUACAAUGUCUACCUUGCCGACAUGAAGGACUUUGCUGCUAUGAACGAGGUCUACAUUGAAUUCCUCCCCAAGCCCAUGCCUUCGCGCUCUUGCCUUCAGGCCCUUCCCCCCGGCGAUGGUACUGUUAUUGAGAUUGAGUGCAUUGCACAGGUAUAA